UGAAUCACCUCAUUGGUGCCGGCUGUGCACGCGUAAAUUCAACAUCAAUGAUUGUUGCCAUUCUGGCAGUAAUCAGUAGUGUCACAAACGGCGUUUCCGCGCAUCACAAUCAAGAGACCGCUUAAUAACGACCAUUUAUCUAAACGUUUCACUUUAUCAUCAUCAUCACCACCACCAGCAGCAGCAAUGGACGGACGGGGAGUGGUUGUGUCGCAUGGUAUGUUGGUCGAAGGAGAGGGAGGAGGAGGAGAAGGAGGAGAGAUAAGUGGAGUUGAACAUCAUGCUUUUGCGGCUGUACGCGGUGAAGGGAACGAUGGAAGAAAUACGGACGGGAAGAACCAAAAGCAGCAACAGCUACCACGGCCACAAUGCAAUAAGAAACAGAACAAGCAUUUUUCGCGGCAUCAGGGCAAAAAUAAGAAGUGGUUGAAUAAGUUUAGAAGAAAUCAGAAGGACUGCGGUGGAAAGAAAAAGGACAUGCAGAAAGGUUCCGAGUGUUCGUUGGGUGGUGGCAAAGGGGACGAAAAGCAAAAUCAGUCCAGCGGCAAUGUGGACAUUAAACUUCAACAGAGUGGCGGGAAAAACAAACACUCCAACAAAAACUCCAACAGUUUGAUGCAGGUUCGAACUAAAAGGUUACAGGCGGUUUCGAAAUUUUUCUUGCCGGAUAAGCGCCCUCGGAAGGAUUGCAUUAUUCCUCCGACCAAGUUUUUGCUAGGAGGAAACAUUUCCGAUCCUCUGAAUUUAAACAGUUUGCAGAAUGAAUCAGAAAAUGCCGUUACGCCGAAGUCAUCACCAAUUCCGACUCCUCCGCACUAUAAGAACAAAAUCGAAGUUAUUAUUCCACCCAAUAUCAAUGACCCGCUACAUCUAUUGGAUCCAGUAGACUCAGUAGAAUACGAAAUGCAACUGUGCUCGCCGAUGAAGAAAAAACAAAGAGCUAGAAAUAAGCGAAAGCGAAAAUCCAAAUCCGACAAAAAUAAUCAAAGCUGGGACAGCAACACAGGCAAUGGUAGCGGGCAGUUGGGUACUAGUCUGUCAGAAACCGAGGCCACUACCGCGGAGGAGGCUCAAAUAGAAGCACCAACUGGGACCAUAAGUAAAGACGUUGAGCACACACUGGAAAGCGGAAAUACCGGUGAUCGCGAUAAAGCAAAUCGAAAUUUAAAACUGGAUUUGGAGAUUUGCAGGAAGCGUCGAAUUAGCGAAAGCACAUGCGCAAGUAAGAACAAAGUGCGUCGCAUGGAUUCUAUGGAUAAAAUCGUUAGUCCGGUUGUACCACAGCCUGGUGCUUGGAAGCGUGGUCACUGGCCAACACUGCCGGUCGGUGGGCGCAAUCGCACUCGGACACAAUCGUGCACUUCCAAUAGUGAUGAGCCACCAACCAAGCAAAUUGCUUUUGAAUCAGACUUGAAUGUUGAAAAUAUACAAGCAUCUGUGGUAGCUCAUCAAGAGAUGGAUAAAGAACAUCCGAAAUCUCCUGCUGUGGAGCCCAACAGUAAAAGCAAAUCUCAAAACGAUACAAAGUACCAUUACGGUAACUAUGAUCGGUACUACGGAUACAGAAAUUUGAACGAAUUCAUUGACGUUCGAUUAAAAGUGUUUCUGCGGAAUCCCUACCUGUUCCGCGAUAAGGAUGUGCUCGAUAUCGGAUGCAACGUCGGGUUGAUGACAAUUGCGGUAGCAAAAAUGUUACACACGAAAAGUAUCACGGGCAUCGAUAUCGAUAGUAAAUUGAUUGCCAAAGCUAGACGAAAUUUGACUACCCACGUCAGAGUUCCUUCGGAACAUGUAAAAGUCAAAAAAGAAGGCAACAAAUCUGGUCACAAAGAGUCCAAGCCUCAUUCGACUGGUGAAGAAAAAACAAUACCGGAAAAAGAUACUCCAAAAGAGUCCAAAUCUCUCACUGAUGAGAAAAAGCCAGCAGUGGAAGAGGAUGCUCCUGAGCAGCAACUGAUCGCGGAAUGUUCUAAGAAGUUAAGACAAAAGGGCAAGCAGAUCAAUCGACGUAAAUUCAUUGGGAAUCGGCAUGGCCACGGGCAUGGAAGAAGCCAUCAUCAUCAUAACCAACAACAGAAGAAAGAUCCACGAAAAGGGAAAGCCGAGUAUUUCCCGAUUUCAUUCCCACUUUCGUUGAGUAACCUAGGCGCGAAAAAAUGUCGAUUAGAUGUGGGUUUACCAGAUCGCUUUUUCCCAGGCAACGUUGUUUUCAAAACGAUGAAUUACGUAUUAAAAGACGAGUCUCUCAUUAACUACGAUACGCAACAAUAUGAUUUGAUAUUAUGUUUAUCUGUCACUAAAUGGAUCCAUCUGAAUUUCGGUGAUUGUGGGCUGAAGAUUGCAUUUAAACGAAUGUUUAACCAUUUGCGACCAGGUGGAAAACUGAUCUUAGAAGCCCAAAAUUGGGCAAGCUACAAGAAAAAGAAAAAACUUACGGAUACCAUUUUCGAGAAUUACAAAAAUAUCGAGUUUUUCCCCAAUAGAUUUCACGACUUUUUACUCAGUCCAGAAGUAGGUUUCAGUCACAGCUAUCCCCUUGGCAUUCCCCGACAUUUAAGUAAAGGGUUUCGGCGGCCAAUUCAGCUUUACAUCAAAGGCGAUUUCACACCGAGUCAGGCACAAUGGAGCGAUACAUAUCACCCUCAAACCCCAUACGUAAAUCAUAGCAAUAUCUAUUCAGACAUUGCAACCCCGACACGAAACAACUGCAUCUGGGGAUCAACUACGCCAUACCAGCCAAGCUACAGUACCCGUUGUACACCCUCGCAUGGCUUCAUGGCCACAUCGCCGUAUUACAAUCCGCGUCAAACGGACAGUUAUCAGCCGAGUUACGGCGCUGGCACUCGCCGAGGUAGUUACUGUUUCGCUUCGCCACUUUACUCGACUACCUGGUCACCGCCAUCGGACCUGUGCCAUAGGCGGUCCGCCUCCAACACCCCUAAUUCGGCUAGUAUUAGAAGCGCGGAAAACGAUGAAAAUUUCAACGCACAACAAAAUCGGCCGCACGUUUAUCCUCCCAUGGAGGUAUUUUCAUUGGAAACAUCCGGCCGUUUACAAGCUCCCGGCAGCGUUCGGCAAACCGACUCUGAUUCAGAAGUGUCAUCAAACUCGGCAUCACAAACACCAACUAGGCCCCAGUUUGAUAAUGACCAGUCGUCAAAUUCUCCCAGUACUACACACUCCCAGCCGGACAAGUAGAGGUUCACGUACAGGUUUGAUUUUCUGCACUAUGUCGUAUUUCAUUCUGUGAUUGAAGCUCAAUUUUGGUAUUCGUUUCGGCACACUGUCCAAAUUAUUCAACUAUUCAUUCGUGCGAUACUAGUCCGUUUGCUUUGUGGAAUACUAUUUCUGACGUUGCACAGAAUAAGUAAUUAAAAGAACAAGGGAUUUCUGAUCUUUAUUAGUUUUUCCUUUGUAUCCCAGAUAACUGCUUAUUUAAGCUUAAGGCACAGUUGUAUAUAGUCUGUAAGAGGAUUACAAAUCUUGUCGACUAAUAAGAAUAUGAAUUUAACUGCCCGUAAAAGUACAAUAGAACCGUUACUAGCAUAGACAAUCUAUGUGAAAUGGAGCUCUUUUGCGUUUAUAUGCAGUUUUGUUGCUUCUACCAAUA